CCAAUUAAUACGUGUGUGGCGCUGCCAUUAGCUCAUGCAGGACUGUGCUGCUCCUGUGCUGCUCACUCACCAGGACCUUUUCAGGCUUUUGAUUGCUGGUUCAGCAGGAAAUCACAAUUUUUGCAGCCCUGGUCGCUGGCGUUCUUAUAGGACUUGGUGCUCUGGUCUAAACCAUCCUGGUAGCUACCUCUGCCUGGGGCACCCCCAUCUCAUCGCUUUUCCAGAACGUUUUCUUCCCGAAGGACCAUAGACUCGAGGGCCAAUAGGAAUGCGCACCGUCUUUUGCUUUUGCUCGCUCUGGACUCUUGGAGACGUCUGAGUUGAGACUCCACCACAUGGCGAGCCAUCGCUCGAGGUCCAGGCAAAGGGCAGAACAGGGCCACGCAAUGGAGGAAGAGGACGGAGACACAUCAGGCAUGGAAUCAAAUGAAGAUGAAGACGACCUGUUUCAGGAUGCAUUGGAUGGGGAGGAGAUUGACAGGGACCAGCAAGAGAAAGAGGACGCAUUGCUCCAACUCUCAGACCCCCGCUCAUACUCCACCCGUCCGAGACGCGUUCCACCUCCCGAACCAGCCCCCCAAAACGACCACCCCCAACCAAGAGUCCGGAAGCGCAAGGCUGCGGACUUGGAUCAAGAUGCAAUUGACAAGCCUCAUGCGUGCGAGCAUUGCGGGAAGCGCUUUGCAGUGCUGGCGGCACUGUGGGGCCACACGCCUCGCUGCGCAACCCGCACGCAGAACCUCAACCUCGAGCCGCAUCCCUUUGAUCGUCCAAAGUUUGCUACUGCACAAAAAGCGCCGCCCACUCCUCCUCCGACGCGCGUCUCGGGCCGACCCAAAAAGCCGACGGGCGAAGAGUUUCCAUGCGAGCACUGCGGGCGCGUCUUUUCGGAGCAGGUGCGGCUGUACGGCCACCUGUCACAGUGCGCCAAGCGCUUGGCGCAUGCGGGGAAGAAGAGUGCGGGCCCGGAGACGCCAAGGGGAAGCAAGAAGCAAGCUGUCCCUGAAGCAGCCGAAGAAGAGGAAGAUGACGGUGAAAGCACUCCCCCGGGCUCCCCCCAGGGUAGCGAAGGACCGAUUCUGAUCCGGCUGAAGCGAUCGGGGAAGUCCUCCGAGCAGGAGGACGGGGAGUUCACCUGCCCCGAGUGCGGCCGGAGCUUCGCCUCUGCGCAGGCACUGGGGGGGCACAAGGGAUCGCACCGUAGUAGCAGGGAGGAGCCUACUCCGACGCCGGCCAAGGUUGUCGAAAUGGGCUUCCAGUGCCAGAUUUGCGGCGCAAUUUUCAGUAACGGGCAGGCCCUGGGGGGUCACAAGGGAUCGCACAAGCCGACCGACGUGUACACCGAGGAAGACAAGCGGCAAAACGCACGGCGGAGCUCGUCGGGAGUCGCCUCACCGCCGGUGCGUCGCCGCCCCGCCGAAAACAACGCCACAGACGGGGGGUGGGCCUGCGACGUGUGCGGGCUGGUGUUUGCCACGGGGCAGGCGCUUGGGGGGCAUAAGGGCUCGCACAAGGCGAGCGACUAUUACAGCGAAGACGAAAAGCAGAGCAACAAGCGGCGCACGGCGCCCGCGGCCAAACCGGAGGACUCCCCCGAGGCGCAGCUGAAAAAAGCCUUGGGCGCACUCAAGAAGACGAUGCAGAUCGCUGAUGCGGAACCGUUCAACGUGCCUGUCGAUGCCGAGGGGCUCGGGAUUCCGGACUAUUUGGAGGUGGUCAAGAGUCCAAUGGAUUUUGGGACGAUACGGACGAAACUAGAGAAGGGGGAGUAUCCAGGGGUGGCGGAGAUGCUCACUGACGUCCGGCAAGUGUCCGAAAACUGCAGGCUGUAUAACAACGAAGCUGACCCGAUUGUGGAGAUGCUGGAAGUGGUGGAGCGCCGCUUCAAGAGCGAGUGGGUUAAGGCCGGGUUACCGCUGGACGAUGAAGGCAGACCCGCGACGCCCCCGCCGCCUGACAGCGGCGAAGAGGAAGAAGGAAGCGAAUCAGAGGCGGAAGGCAGCAGCCCACACCGCGAGCGGCGGGUGCGCUUUGCCCCGGGCAUACAGUCGCCGCCCCUCCGGACCCGGCCCCCCGAAACGUCAACCGACCACUCAGAACCAGAGGAGCAGGCUCAGGGCACAGAGCCGAGGAGGGGCCGGGGGAGACCCCCGGGCAGGGUCAGGGCGCGGCAGCCGCUCAAAACCGGGACGGCACUGCACCGGCCCAACUGCCCGUGCGUAAUCUGUAAGCAGGGGCGGAAGAGUGGCCGGGGGAGGUUCGACCGGGAUGGUUCGGACGGGGAGUCGGACGGGGGGCCCAGACCGCGCCGCAGCGAGGCCUUGCACAGUUCAGAUGAAGAAGAGUCGGAGGCUGCCGAAGAUGCGCCCCGACAGUACUACGAAAAAGGCGCGCACCUGCCGCCGGCACAGCUGAGCGCUGCCACGUGGCGCUUGGGCCACCAGCUUUUUGCUAAUAGUGCGGGCGCAAGACUGGAGCGUGCGAGGGGCGCUUCGUAUCUAGCCGACCUUCUGCAAAUUUUGCAUCGGCCUGACGAGUCCACGUCAGCAGAUGUGAAUGCGGCCAGUGACGAUGCUUGGGAUGGUGGGAAGUCGGAGAAUAGUCGUGAUGAACUGGGGCCGCUCUUAAGCGGGGCCCGGAGAAUGGGGCCGGAAGACUUGCGGGGGGCGCUGGCGGGUUUGCUCGUGCCCCGUGGCACCGUAGCAGGUGUCCGGUAGCCGUCCGGUAUAUUUGCCAAGGUGAAUUACCUGGCAACCUCUUCAUUUUCAAAACCACCCUCUGCAUAUGUCAAAUGUGCGUGCUUCUUCUGACCGGAUUAAUCAGAUCGCAACAUGUCGUUGAGCGAACAUGGAUUGUUUGGCAGCUGGUAGAUUCCCGGUCGUCAGAUUGGAACAUGUCUGCGUUGACAAUGCC